AUGCAUCAUGCUGUCAGGCCCAGUACUACUCUUGCUGCUAGUAGUACCUCCGUACACAGGAACCAAUCGGGGACGAUAUUCAAAAUGGGCAUAAAACGCCCUGAUCUGGAGCGGCAAUGCAACCCGGGUUGA